UGCCGUUUCAUUUCACUGACAUACUGAGUACUAUUACAUUGGACAAUGCUGCGAGUAAGGUGUCUGAGAGGAGGUAGCAGGGGGGCCGAAGCUGCCCAUCUGAUCGGAGCCAUGAUUGGCCGGGCUGUGACUGGAUGGGUGCAGAGGACCUUUGAGAGCACCUCCAGCGCAGCAGCUGCACAGCCUCAACGUGCAGUGGUAGAUGAGCAUGUUACUGAGCCUGAACUGCAGGAGUGUCCUGUCUGCAGCCACAAUGAAUGGGACACACUUGAGGAGGUGAUCGUGGGUCGUGCUGAAAACGCCCAUGUGCCUCCCUUCACUGUGGAAGUGAAAGCUAACACAUAUGAGAAGUAUUGGCAAUUCUACCAGCAGCAUGGGGGCCAACCUUUUCCUGCUGAACACUUGAAGAAAGCUGUUUCUGAAAUUGAAGAAAUGUGCAAUAUUCUGCGUCAUGAGGGUGUCACUGUGAGGAGACCAGAACCCAUUGACUGGUCCAUGGAGUACAAAACUCCAGACUUCAUCUCAUCAGGCAUGUAUGCUGCCAUGCCAAGAGACAUCCUUAUGGUUGUGGGAAAUGAGAUUAUUGAGGCUCCUAUGGCCUGGAGGGCUCGCUUCUUUGAGUACCGAGCAUACAGACCUUUGAUCAAGGAGUACUUCAGAAAAGGUGCUAAGUGGACCACAGCUCCUAAACCCACUAUGUCGGAUGAGCUGUAUGAUCAGGACUACCCCAUCCGCACAGUGGAGGACAGACAUAAGCUGGCUGCCCAGGGGAAGUUUGUGACCACGGAGCACGAGCCCUGCUUCGAUGCUGCUGAUUUCAUUCGUGCAGGGACGGACAUUUUUGUCCAAAGGAGUCAGGUUACAAAUUACAUGGGAAUUGAGUGGAUGCGUCGUCACCUGGCACCCGACUAUAAAAUCCACAUCAUCUCAUUCAAGGACCCGAACCCCAUGCACAUUGAUGCCACUUUUAACAUCAUCGGGCCGGGACUGGUGUUGUCAAACCCUGACCGCCCAUGUCACCAGGUUGACAUGUUCAAGAAGGCCGGCUGGACUAUUGUGAAACCUCCAACGCCUCUGAUUCCUGAUGACCACCCACUGUGGAUGUCCUCCAAAUGGUUGUCUAUGAAUGUACUGAUGUUGGGUGAGAAGCGUGUUAUGGUUGAUGGCAAUGAAACCAGUAUUCAAAAGAUGUUUGAAAGCCUCGGUAUCAAGACCAUAAAAGUGAACAUUCGCCAUGCCAACUCUCUGGGUGGUGGCUUCCACUGCUGGACAACUGAUGUCCGCCGCCGUGGGACCCUGCAGUCCUACUUCCAUUAGCCUUGCCAGAAAAUAGGCAGUUUUUAUUGAGCUUUGAAGAUUAAAGCCUCAGCUGGGUAUUUUGAUGCCACUUU